UUUUCCAAUGCUUAGUUUCUGUCUGACAUCCUAUUUGGUUUUAUCAUGCACUGACGUAAACAUUUGGAAUAUGUUAUUCAAACGAAACGCACGUUUAUUGUGUAACAUUGUGGAUCACUAAAGGAAACUUAUCGGGAUACACAAUUAAUAUCUUCGUUUAAUCGUAAUUUGAUUACCUUAAAUGUGGCAUAGGACAACGAGUGUAAUGAAACAUUGAAAUCGAAAGUGAUAUAAAUCGAAAGUGAUAUAAACAUUAAGGAGAACAUCUCAUUCUACUUCGAUAACUUAUUGAACGCGAUAAUCAACAGACAUGGAGUCCCAGAAUAUGGCUGAUAUCAAAGAGAUAAAAACUACAACGGAGUUCAUAUUAAAACGGUUGGACAAUUUAACAGGAUGUGGAGAAGACUGUACAUGUUCUUCAGAGAUCGAACAACUAAGGAAAGCUUUUCAAACUGUUGAAGAGCGCCUGAACGCAUUGCAAAUCAAUGCAAUUGACCCCGAGAACGAGGAAACAGAGGAGCCAAGAUUUGUUCAAAUUCAAACAAGAAUUGAUGAAUUAAGACAGUCGUUAAUUGCUCUACGUGACAAUUCCGAACAGACGGAAGUUGUUAACAGCAAAUCAGACGAUGAAGGUUUGCCAAGCAGCUUAAACGGUAAUUCAACUAAUGUGUCAUCCUCGGUUGGAGGAAAUGCCGAUCAUAUGGGCGUACGCGAGCACUCAGGCGGAGCUACUAAUGGAACAGUGUUUCGUGUCGGUGAAUCUUCCAAUUACCCGCUUAACGUAAGCGAAAAACACACCGGCAAUGAAACUAUGGCAUCAAACAAAUCUGCGCUAGGGAAAAGAUCUACAGAAAAUGUUUCCAGAAGGCAAAUUGCAUCAACAACUGAAUCCGCUAACACAUCAGGACAAAACGUUAUUCGACAAACCCAUGCCGAUCACGUGUUUGGCGACGGUGAUUAUUGGAAGUAUUUGGCAGAGAAUGUGCGAAAGGAAGCACAUCAAUUGACAAGCGAUGAAGAAACCAUUCGUACAGUUCUCUGUCUCGACAUAUCAGAGAGCAUGGCUUCUGGGAACGCCUGGUCGCAGGCCAAAACUUUUGUCAACGAUUUUCUCAAUGGAUUGGAAAUGUUGUUGACCCAGUUUGGGCCAAUUGGACUUCAUCAGGAAUAUGUGGGUUUGGCAACAUUUGGGCAUGAGACGAAACAUCAAAUUUUAGCAACUGCGAAUUACGCAUCCGUUCGCGACAAAAUAGAAAAUUUUCAACUUGGCGGACCAAGUCCUCUAUUCGCAGGCCUUUGGUUUAGCUUAGCGGGUGCGAAGAGUUGCAGAGCAACUGCAAGUACACCAGGCAAUAUCAUACUUAGUCCGCGAAUUAUUGUUAUCACCGACGGCAAGCCAACGGAAACGAGCCUGCGAGGCGGUCCCGAUAUCCAGACAAAAAAGGAUGAGACGAUGACGUCAAUAUUAGGAUGUCUGCAAGAAAUCGAAGAGAAAGGUGCGACAGUAUUUUUCGUCGGCGUUGGAGACUAUGACAAGGACUUUUUGAAACUCGUCACGGCUUCCGAAGGGCGGAAGAAGCUUUUUGGCUACCAAGAUGGACGAAGGUUGGCGAAGAGAACCUGGCUUUGUACAAAAACAACGUUGUUCGAAGAAUCAUCAUCCAUGCGAAGUGGAAAUAUGCAGUCGUCGGAGGACUAUGAGGAUAUGCAAGACAUUCGUCUUGAAUCGAUGACACGAUUAGGUCAAAUACACGAAAGCAAGAGUACGGCUUAUUUUGAAAAUGAAAACGACGAAUUUCCUUGCAUUGGUUCCCGCGUGCGCCGAGGUCCUGACUGGAUGUUUGAUGACCAAGACAAUUUCGGACCGGGAACCGUCGUCGGACACUCAAAAGAUGAUUAUAAAGUUUGGGUUACAUGGGAUUUCGAUAACACGACAGCCCAGUACAGAUACGGUGUGGGAGAAUACGACGUGUUGCUCGUGGAUGAGCCUCGUGAGUUAAAGCCUAGAGAGAAAAUGGCGGUCGGCUGUCGGGUGAAACCAAGUCGGGACGCUAGGUCACAAGAUUUAUCUGGUUCUAUCGAGGGUGUCGUGAUACGCGUGAAUUCAACAAAUGCAGAGGUGCGUUGGGACAACGGAAAACGUGGUGACUACAGCUAUGGUGCUGAUGGACGAUAUGAAAUAGAGUUGUGCGCAUCAUAUGGACAAUCACGAAACACUACCCAAGGCAGUAAUGCAUCCGCAUCGGGCAGCAAAACGAGGUCCAACAAGAAUAAAAACAAAACUGCGAGCUCAUGAAAAUCACAAAUAAAAUGAUGAGUUUCUCAAAACCCAAAAAUGUUAAUUGAGGUAUUUUCAGAACGAUGUUUCAAAUACAAUGGAGACUAAAAUAUUCAGACAAAAGUUUCUAAUUAUGUUGUAUGAUGAUGUUAUUGUAUAGUUUUCCAGGACUAUACUUUGUUGCAGAAUGUAUAGGAGCUUUUAUAUAAAAAAUAAUUCCAAUUACGUAUUUUUACCUUUGUGCGUACUUGAUGUUGAAUGUUAUAUAUAUUUCUUAUGUAGAUUUUUUUUAUUAGAAUGACAACAAAACAUUGUAUGAAAAUAAACCAAUUACUUUUUUUA